AUGAAUCAAUUUGAAUCCACUGAGGCAAGAAUUUUAUACUUAAUCUAUACUCUCUAUUAGAAUAAUACAAUCUCUCUUGAUUAAAAGGGCAUACUAAAAGGUACUUAUAAUGUGAGACUAAAAGAUUAUUUAAUCACAAAAGAAAAUGGCAGAUUUAUGAAUGCGAUAACAUCAUUUGAGAAAUCUAAAGAUAUUGAUUAAUUAUAGUAAUUCCUGAUUUAAUUUGUUGAAAGUAAGUUACCUUAUUCAUUUUAGUGGAGAACUCGAUAUCAGACUUUGUUUCAGUGAAUUCUUUUAAAACAAUAAAGUCGUAGAAACCUUGUGAUUUAUUUAAGGAAACUACAUAGAGUUCUAACACAAAUUCUAAUCCAUAUAUACAAUUUUCACCAAUAUUGAAUCAAAAAAAGGAUGGAGACACCUAAUUUAUUUCCAGGAAAGAUAGAAAAUACUCAACUUAAAUAUAAUGA